AUGACGGAAGAAAUUAUUGAAAGAUUACAUCAAUUUACUCUUACGGAGGAAGAAAAGGAGACUGUGUCAAUUGAAAUUUCGGAUGUUCUGUCGAGCACAAAUGAUUGUGAGGUAAGUCUGUUUGGUAAGGUAGUCUCGGAUAAGAAAGUGGAUCUCCAAGGCGUCAAGAACACUAUGCCUGUGGCUUGGGGAAAUCCAACAGGACUGCAAAUAAAGGAAAUCGGAUGGAAUUUUUUCCAGUUCAAAUUCAAAGAUAAAGAAGGUAUGAAUAAAGUAUUAUUUGGCACACCAUGGUUGUAUGAUAAAUUCCUCCUUAAUAUACAGAUCUGGGAACCAGGAUUGAAGAGUACUUCUUCAAUUUUUAAUGUAUGUGAGUUAUGGGUUCAAGUUUGGAACAUCCCCUUACACUGGAUGUCAAUGGACGUUGGGCGCAAAAUCGGAAAUGCGUUAGGAGGUAUCGUGGAUAUUGUAAUCCCUGAAAAUGGAAGCAAAGAGGGACAAUAUAUAAGGCCGAAAGCCAGGAUGAAUAUAACUAAGCCACUACCUAGAGGACAUAAUGAGAAAACAUGUGCCCACAGAGCCAAGGAUGUACAGGAUGGCACAGUUAAAACUGAUCAGUUUGGGAUUUGGCUAAAAGCAGAGAACCAUGCUUCUUUCUCGGAAAAGCAUAGGCAACAAGGGACAAACAGUACUAAUGGAAGUCCAGUGGUUAAUGGGAGAAGAGUUGAAAGAAUUGUAAACAGUUAG